AUGACGAAAGUGAAGCAGGAGGAGUUCUUGAUCAUUUUCCCAGGGGUGAUACCACAUGAAGAAGAAAGGGAGGUUGAAGAAGCAAUUGGCGUCCAGGCUGAGGACGGAGUUGAGGUAGAAGAGGCUUGCACCGGCCCUAUAAUACAAGUAAUAUACCCACCAAACUUCGAGGACCUGCUUAGCAAGGACCCAUUUGCAGUGUCUCUUUGCCAGACCAAGGCCACAUCGACAUCGGUCCCUCUUGGUGGACACGAUGGUGGCCAAUCGAUGCUGUCAUAUCUGGUUUGGGGCAAUGGGACGAGAGAAGAGAAGAAGAGGUCUCGAGGGUGGAGACGUUAUCUACAUCAAGUGCACGAGCUUCCAUCACCUGUCAUACCACAUGCUCGUGACUUGCGACUCCACCUCAUUGACGAGAACCUCAACUUCAAGGAGGUUCUAGCAUGGACCGAAACUUAG